CAAAGAAGAGAUUUACAUUUCCGGAUUUCCGUCGAUGUCACUUUUGUCACCAAAGAAGUUACGGGUUCACUUUCACCACGUGUUCAACCAGGUACAUUUGUGUUUUUUAAAGAGUUGUAUCAUAUUUGAUUUACGUAGCUAGCGCUACUUUCGUUAGGUAGCCAGCUAGCUACCUAGCUAGCUAGACUAUUUGGAUGAACUAUCACAUGUUAUGUAGCCACUAGCCAGCCAGCUAGCUAGUUAUCCCAACAUUGAUCACACGUGUGCAUCAUAUGCACGUAUUUUGCUAAUAUAAUUAUGGUAGCUAGUUAACGUUACCUAGCUGCUAAAGUUCAUGCCUAUCCAUGCUUUCACAUUUAGGAAACAAUGGAUAAACGUUAAUAUUGUAUUUCUGUACAGAUAGAGAAAAUAGGUUAUGCUGCAUCCACCAUGCUGGGGACUUCGACAUCCACUGAACAGGGGGCAAUUAAGAAUCCCGUAUUGCUUGAAUUGUCUCGAACAUCCCCUCUUUUAUUUGAAGAAACUCCUGAAUUAAUCUCAUCAGCGGCACCUGAUACAGUCGAGGGAUGUAAAAAAGACAAAAAGAAGAAGAAAAAGACUAAAGCACUAUCUGAAAGGGGACCAGAAGAACCGGCAAUUGAGCAUAAUCAAAAGGAGGUUCACCAAUUGACAGUAAAGAAAAGGGGUAAAGAACCUAAACAUAAAGAGCAAACAGUGACCGAGCUGGAAGUGGUGGAGAAAGAGAGGAAGAAACGUAAAAAGGGAAAGGAAGAGAAUCAACUAAAUGUUGUUGAAGAUGAAAUGGAGGUACCAGAUCCUGAGGAACAAACUGGAGGGAAAACGAAGAAAAAGUCAAAGAAUCUUCAAACACAACAGGUGGGAGAGGAUGGAGUGACUGCUGAUGAGGAGAUUAUGAGUAGCAGGAAGAAAAAGAAAAAACAUAAUGACAUUGAGCCAGAAGGGGGGAUAGACCGGGACCUCUCAAAGCCUGCAGUAGAUGUUUCAGCAGUAACAGUGCCAGAUGAGGCCAGAAAGAGUAAGAAGAAGCACAAGAACAGACAAACAGAUCUUGAAGAGGGAGCGGAAAGCUGUCAGAGAGUUUCAAGAACAGCAGAUGAUGCAGAAAUCAUAGAACUGCACACUGAAACGGUCAAGAGAGGUAAAGAUGUGGUAACUGAGGUAGAGGAGAACGUAAACGAGAGGAGGAAACGGAAGAAGAAAAAACUCAGAGAGAGUCAACUGAACGAUUGUCCAGAUAAAGCAGACCUUCCAGGUAUAAAAGAACAAACUGAAAGAAAAUUGAAGUCAAAGAGGCCGAAAACGGAUGGAGGGUCUGCAGCUGUGCAGGGCAGUGGGAGAAAAAAAGAACACAGCAGAGAGUCAGACAAGGGAAUGGACAGUGUCCACUCUCAGUCUGCAGUAGAUGUUUGGGAUUUAACCGUUCCAAAUGACAACAGGACUCAUGAUGCUGGAACAAACGGUGAGACAGAGGAGGGCGCCCAUUCAACCAUGGUUGAGACAGGGACCCAACACAACAGACCCAGCCUAACGGAAGAAACUCUAAGGUGAGUAGAAAGAAACCUGGUUCCCUUGUAUUGAAGUGUGAAUCUAGCGUAUUUGUAAUGAGUGAUUUCCCUAGUGAACACAACCAUUGACAGUAGGGCAAUUCCACAGUAAGAGUGAUGCUGAGACUCCGGUUUUCCAUUUUAAGGUAUGCCCAACAAAAACCAAUGAUUGAAAAGUUUAACAAACCUUACAACUCUAUGCACAAGGAUGACUUUUAACCAUUUCCACUGAACAUUUUACAAACAUACAUUUAGGCUACUUGUAGAACAGUGCCAAUGCAAAGUUUGGUAACAGAAUGACUGCACCAACACCCCAUACGUCAUUCUGUUACCAAAAUUUGCAUCUGCACUGUUCUUCAAGUAAAUGUGUUUUUGUAAAAUUUUCUGUGGAACUUGUUAAAAGUAGUUAUUGUGCAUAAUUGUAUGGUUUGUUUCACUUUGCAAUCAUUGGUUUUUGUUCGACAUGCAUUUUAAAGUGAAAAAUCUGUCUCUGCAUCACUCUGUUUCCGUGGAAUUGCCCAGUAGCAUUUGCUGGUGAAAACCAGACCUGUUGUGAAUGCUGUGUACCAGAAUUUCAUCUGGAACCUCUUCCUGUGCAGAGAGGAAGGCAUGUCUCUCUUUCUCUGUCAACUCAGAGGUUUCAAAACAGAUGUUUAGACAUUUGUUAAUGAUUUUCUCCCCUCACUAUUCUACAGUGUGGGUGACUGGCAGGCUCUGAAUGAUCUCAAAGAGUUCAUUCCCAAUGUAGAGACAAAGUCAGUUGAUGAGAUCCGUAAGAUGAUAAAGUAUGAUCUUGAUCGAUUCAAGGAAUUCCGAAGACAAGGUACGUUUAUUCUUCAGCCACUCAUGGUUCAAUAUUUUUGAGUGUUUAUCACGGCAUUAUGUAACAUGUAAGCAAUGAUAUGUAAGAUGUUACUGUGUUUAGAGAUGUGGCUGAAUGUAUUAUCAUAUGUUUUAUCAUUUCGAACCAAUCGGUUAAGCCCCUGUGGAAUCUUCUGUUGUUCCCAGGCCUUUCCCUGCGAAGUGGAAGAUUCAAUGCACAGGAGAACAAACGACUCGAGAGUAACGUCUAUGACUUCCUGGCUCUCACUGGGAUUCAGAGUGCCUCUAAGCUCUUCCAUCCACAGCACUUCAAAGAGGAAGAAGCAAAUAUCAAGAAGUUGAAGAGUCAGCACAGAUUCCAUGAAAGAAUAGGUACGUCGUCUUGUAGCCAGGUUAAUUCGCUUAGAGAACUUUAUCCAGUUUUAUCCACAUUACAUCCCUGUUCGUCAGCAUUGUCUACAAUGGUCAAAAAAGUAUGCUAAGGAAUUUCCCAGAAAACUGAUCUCACCUCUUCCUAACCUGUUGAUCCAGCUGAAGGAAUACCCAGGCCUUGGCAUCACGUCUAUAUACGUGGGAGGAAAAUGUUUCAUGGCGGCAACUACAUGGGCAGGUGAGACGGGGCUAGUUACUAUAAGGAAAUGACCCUAACGGUCAUAAACGGCUAUGACGGCUUACAUUAUGUUGCCUCUAUAUACAGUGUACGAAAGUAUAGUAAUAUUAUAUUUGCAUUUUCUUUAAUUACAGUGUUCACAACUGUGCUAUUGUUCUGAUAUAACCACUUUACGGUUUGCUAACAUUUUGCAGACAUAUUGCGCCACUUUGAAAGCUUAUUUCCUUGAUUUCCUUACCGAAGGUUCACCAAAGAAGAACUUCACUCUUUGAAAAAACUGCAGACGUUGCACGGCAACAAGUGGGCGACGAUCUCGCAGUUGACUGGCCGAAGCGAAACGGCCCUUGAGAAACGUUUUGCUCAGAUGUGUAAGUCAUUGGGAACUUUGGGAAUUUAAAGCUGGAAUCUGCAUAAGGUGACACAUUGCCACUGUUCGCCCCAGCAUCUUAGUUAUUGUUUUUGUCUAUUUGAUGAAACAGAAGAGAGGAUGUCCAGCAUCAUGGUAAAAACAAUUAUUCUGCAGAUCUAUCACGCAUGCAAUGAUGGCCAAAGGGAGAAAAAAAGUGUUUGAAGUAACUUUAUAAUAUCCCAAACAAAUGUGGCAGUUUCACUGAUUACAGCUUUAAUAUAUUGACUCUGACAUCCUUGCCGAACAUCCUGCUCCACUCAUCUUUUUGGGAAAAUGGUUGUUAACAUUGUAUGACCUGGGGCAAUGCUCUCGCUUUGUUUGGUGUGUAUUUCUCAGCUGCAAACAGAGGUGCGUGGACCGAGGAAGAACUGAAAAGACUAAUGGAAGCUGUGCGGAAGCACCUGGUGGGACAGGCAGAGCCUGGCAGUGGACCGGCCAUCAUUAGGAAAGACAAGCUGUACAACAACAUCCCCUGGACAGAUGUGGGCCAGACGGUUGAAACGCGCCACUGGUCCCAGUGUCGAGCAAAAUGGUGGGUAGGGGGUUUCAGGGGUAGCUGUUACAAAACAAACCGUUCUCAUUGAAUUGUUUACACAAGCGUUCAGAUUCAGAACUUUUGAGGCUGUAUCUUUGAUCCUUCUUUUCCAGGUUGACUGUUUUGAAGCACAAAAUGGCAUAUGAACAACCAGUGUUCAGUGGAGGCACGAAAUCCUUACAGGGCAAAGUGGAUUUGAUCAAAGUGUAAGUGUGUUGAUUUCCAUUCAAUCUAUGCAAUGGUGAAUCUGUUUUUUGAUACUUUGUUUAAGAUUUAUUAGCCCAGUCUAGUGACGUUGACUUGGACCUUUCUGCACUGUCGUGAUACACAGGACAAAAGGUAGAGUUUUGGUCCUGAUAUCUUCAUGUGAAACUGUUGCAUGGUGAACUUUUAUUCAUGUAAUUUUUGACCUUUCAGGUUGAAUGCAAUGCAGGUGGAAGAUGCUGCAGAUAUCAACUGGGAAGAAAUUGCUCACACAAUUGGGUAAGAAGUUGUUAUUAAACUCAGAUUAUAGGUCAUUUUAGACAAUGUGUCAUAGAUUACCUUGUUACGUUUAUGUAAUUUGACAUUUUCACUGAUUAAGGUUUUGUGUUGUGUUAGUAUUAACUUUUAGAUUGUCAAGUCUCUCAAUACAACGCUGAGAUGUCAUUGAAUUAUAUCAAUGCAUGACAAAGCUCUUACAAAACGUGUUCUAUCUUCUAGGAGUGUGGAAUGCAACAGUGCAUGUCAGUGUGAUGUAUGUGUGUUGUAAUGCAGUGCUAUGUGCUAACAUUUGUAUUUGAUCUUAUCCUUUAAGGGAUGUUACUCCUCGCUACGUACAGACGCAUUACUACAUACUAAAAGUAGCCAAUGUUCCAUUGUGGGAGAGCAGGUCCUUCUGUGGUAGGUGUAAACUACUGUUAUAUACACACUAGCCUCUUCUAUUAUUUUUAAAGGAGUAGGGCAGACCCACUCCUUUUGUAAUUCUUGUUUAUUGGACAGGAUAGAAAGAGAGAAGUAGAUGGGAGGAUUGAGCAGUGGGUCAGAUUCAAACCCAUGCUCACAGCAGUAGUACACAGUACCUGUGAGCCCGAGGAAGCAGCUUAGACCACUGUACCACCCCAGGCGACCACACAAUAUUCUCUAUCGCUAGGUUUUUAGCAUUUCAUUAGAAUAGUUACAUGUGAAUCACUAUGAUCAGUGACGACAUAAAGGGAGAGGAAAUGUCACUAGGUCCCCCUUGACCGUACUGUUUAAAUAUAAUGAUGCUUUGGGGAAGAGAGCUUUGAUUUUGUCCCAAAUCACACCUAUUCCCUAUAAAGCGCACUCCAUUUGACAAUGGGCCCUGGUAAAAAAUAUUAUACUAUAUAGGGACUAGGGUGCCAUUUGGCACGCACCUUGUUUGCUGGAACCAUUUACUGAUUUAAUUUCUGUAUUUUCUUUUCAGAGAUCAUUGACUUCCUCAACAGUAGAGUUCUCCCCAAUUUUGAAGAGCAACUGAAUGUUCUGAUAAAAUCAGGAGAAGUGGUGCCCAGAAACGAUCCACAAGAGCUCUUCCUACUCUCUGAGAUCUUUGAUAAUGAGGAGGACAGCAACUACUACAGUGAGGUUGAGAACAGUUGA